AUGGCGGCCGUUUUAGAGUCGCUGCUGCGCGAAGAGGUGCCGGUCGCAGCCGCCGUGCGGUGGAUCGCGCGCAGCACCCCGAGUUCGGAGGAGAGCCCCGAGGUGGCCGCUCUGAGCGCACUUCGGCCUCUGCGGAAGGAAUUCGUGCCGUUCCUGCUGAACUUCCUGAGGGAGCAGAGCAGUCGCGUCCUCCCGCAGGGCCCCUCGACCCCCGCCAAGACCCCGGGCGCCUCGGCCGCCCUGCCCGCGAGGCCCGGCCCCCCGUCGCGGGGUAGCCGCGGGGCGCGCAGCCAGCUUUUCCCCGCCGCCGAGCCCCUCGGCGCCGCCGCGGAGGCUCCUCUGGCCCGCCGUGCGGGCCGCAGGCGGGGUCCGGGACCGGGGCCGUCCCGCGAACGAGGAGGUCGUGGCCCCGGGGGCCCGGAGGAGGGGGCCAGCGGCGAGAGCCCGCCCUGGGCCGGAGGCCGGAAGCCUCGGGGCUCAGGCAGCCCCACGCUCACGCUCACGCUCUCGGAUCCGCCAAACCUCAGCAACUUGGAGGAGUUCCCUCCCGUAGGCACCGUUCCUCCCGGCCCUGCAGGCAGGACGAAGCCUUCUCGAAGGAUCAACCCAACUCCGGUGAGCGAAGAGCGGUCACUUUCCAAGCCCAAGACCUGCUUCACCUCACCCCCAAUCAGCUGUGUCCCCAGUUCCCAACCCUCAGCCCUGGACACUAGCCCUUGGGGCCUUGGCCUUCCCCCAGGGUGCAGAAGUCUGCAAGAGGAGCGGGAGAUGCUCAGGAAGGCGCGCUCCAAGCAGCUCCAACAGUCACCUACCCCAGCCUGUCCCAUCCCAGAAUCAGGGUCUCCUGUCCCCAGCCGGACAGGAAGCCUCACAGCAGAACCUGCUGACCCGGCCAGGGUGUCUUCUCGACAGCGCCUGGAGCUGGUUGCCCUCAUCUACUCCUCGUGCAUUGCUGAGAACCUGGUACCAAACCUUUUCUUGGAGCUUUUCUUCGUCCUUCAGCUCCUUACUGCCCGAAGAAUGGUGUCCACCAAGGACAGUGACCUUGAAUCAAGUCAGGGUGCCCUAGAUUCCCUGGAAACUCCCCUCUUUCAGAGCAUCCACGACUGUGUAUUCUUCGCAGUGCAGGUUUUGGAGCAUCAGUUUCAGGUUCUUUCCUACCUGGACAAAGGGACCUUAAAGCUGCUGGCUGAGAAUGAGCGGCUGCUAUGCUUCUCACCAGCUCUGCAAGGACGCCUUCGAGCUGCUUAUGAAGGCAGUGUUGCCAAGGUCUGUCUUGUGAUACCACCCUCUGCUCAAGCUGUGUCCUUUCAGCCGGAAACUGACAAUCGUGCCAACUUCUCCAGUGAUCGAGCCUUUCAUACUUUUAAAAAACAGAGGGAUGUGUUCUAUGAGGUGCUUCGAGAGUGGGAAGAUCACCAUGAGGAACCCAGCUGGGAUUUUGAGAAGGGCUUGGGGAGCAGGAUCAGAGCCAUGAUGGGUCAACUUUCAGCAGCCUGCAGCCACAGCCACUUUGUCCGGCUUUUCCAAAAACAGCUUCUCCAGAUGUGUCAGAGCCCUGGCGGUGCUGGGGGAUCUGUCUUGGGUGAAGCUCCAGAUGUGUUGAAUAUGCUAGGAGCUGAUAAGCUGGGGCGGUUGCGGCAGCUCCAAGAACGGCUUAUAGCCCCUCAGAGUGGUGGGGGACCCUGCCCACCCCCCACCUUCCCAGGCUGUCAAGGCUUCUUCAGGGAUUUCAUCAUGAGUGCCAACAGCUUCCAUUUUAAUCAGCAUCUUAUGGAUAGUUUGAGCUUGAAGAUUCGAGAGCUCAAUGGCCUUCCCCUGCCUCAGCACAAGCCCGGUGAUGAAGAUGGGGAAUCAGAUGUGGACUGGCAGGGUGAACGGAGGCAAUUUGCUGUGGUACUUCUUAGUCUUAGACUUUUGGCUAAAUUUCUGGGCUUUGUGGCUUUUCUACCAUACCGAGGACCUGAGCCACCCCCAACACGUGAGCUUCAGGACUCUAUUCUGGCCCUCAGGAGCCAGGUCCCUCCCGUUCUGGAUAUACGGGCUCUGCUGCAACAAGGGUUGUGGGCCCGUCGGGCAGUGCUCACUGUGCCCUGGCUGGUGGAGUUCCUCUCUUUUGCUGACCACAUUGUCCCUUUGUUGGACUAUUACCGGAGUGUCUUUAUUCUCCUGCUGCAUUUACAUCGGAGUUUGGUCUUAUCGAAGGAGACUGAAGGGGAGAUGUGCUUCUUGAACAAGUUGCUGCUGCUUGCUGUCCUGGGCUGGCUCUUCCAGAUACCUACAGUUCCUGAAGACUUAUUCUUUCUAGAAGAUGGUCAGAUAGAUGCGUUUGAGGUGGAUACAACUGUUUCAGAGCAUGGUUUGGACAGUGUGCCUGUUGUGGACCAGCAACUGUUGUAUACCUGCUGCCCCUACAUUGGAGAGCUCCGGAAACUGCUUGCUUCAUGGGUUUCAGGCAGCAGUGGGCGCAGUGGGGGCUUUGUGAGGAAAAUCACUCCUACCACCACCACCAACCUGGGCACCCUGCCUCCCAAGACCAGCCAGGGGUUGCAGGCUCAGCUUGCCCAGGCCUUUUUCCACAACCAGCCACCCUCCCUGCGUAGGACUGUAGAAUUUGUGGCAGAAAGAACUGGAUCAAACUGUGUCAAACACAUCAAGGCGACACUGGUGGCAGAUCUUGUUCAUCAAGCUGAGUCACUUCUUCAGGAGCAUCUGCUGACACGUGGACAGGAAGGGGGAGAUCCAGCCCAGCUGUUGGAAUCCUUGUGUUCUCAGCUGUGCCCCCAUGGGGCCCAAGCAUUGACCCAGGGGCGGGAGUUCUGCCAAAGGAAGAGCCCCAUUGCUGUACGAGCACUGUUACCUGAGGAGACUCCAGCUGCUGUUCUAAGCAGUGCAGAGAACAUUGCUGUGGGGCUUGCAACAGAGAAAGCCUGCUCUUGGUUGUCAGCCAACAUUACAGCGCUGAUUAGAAGGGAGGUGAAAGCAGCCGUGAGUCGCAUGCUACGUGCCCAGGGUCCUGAGCCAACUGCCCGGGUGGAGCGGAGGGGCUGCUCCCGAGCCUGUGAGCACCAUGCUCCCCUCCCCUCCCACCUCAUCUCCGAGAUAAAAGAUGUGCUCUCCCUGGCUGCGGGGCCUCGGGACCCUGAGGAGGGAGUUUCUCCAGAGCAUCUGGAACAGCUCCUAAUCCAGCUGGGCCAGUCAUUGCGGUGCCGCCAGUUUAUGUGCCCAACUGCUGAGCAGCAUCUGGCCAAGUGCUCUGUAGAGUUGGCUUCCCUUCUAGUUGCAGACCAGAUUCCCAUCUUAGGGCCCUCAGCACAGCACAGGCUGGAGCGAGGACAAGCUCGAAGGCUUCUGCACAUGCUGCUUUCCUUAUGGAAGGAUGACUUCCAGGGGCCAGUUCCAUUACAGCUUCUACUCAGCCCAAGAAAUGUGGGCCUUCUGGCAGAUACUAGGCCAAGGGAGUGGGAUCUGCUACUGUUCUUACUCCGCGAGCUGGUAGAGAAGGAUCUCAUGGGACAGCUGGAGAUAGAAGCCUGCUUGGGCAGCCUUAAUGAGGCCCAGUGGCCAGGGGACUUCUCAGAAGAAUUAUCAACACUAUUUCGCUUGUUUCUAGCUGAGCCCCAUCUACUAGAACCUCAGCUGAGAGCUUGUAAACUUAUGCAACCAAACCGAGGUACAGUGCUGGCCCAAAGCUAGGGCUGGGAAGCAGCCCUUCUGGGCAUGUCACCAGAACCUGCCUCCUGUGCCUCAAAAGGAGGCUCAAGAGUCCACGGCACACCUUGCUGGGGCAAGAGUGGCCAGGUCUGUAAUCAGGGUUGCGGCUUCUCAGAGAAGGAAGUGUGCUGCUGCAGCCACAGACACAGGCCUCAACAUCUGAGAUCCAGAGGAAGGAGAACCUGAUUCACAGUCACAGUGGGAAAGCCUGGAGACUCCAGGCUAGGAGCAGAAAGGCUGGCAUUUCUCAUCCAGAUGCUAAAUGAAAUGCGCGUGUGCUGGUCAAUGCAUUUCAAGCCUCAAGUUGCUGCUAUCCCAGCAUCUCUUAAAACUUUGUGGUUCUGAGAAAUCUCGUUUUUGCUUAACUUGUGGGAAGUUAACAAAACAUGGAUUUGGAAGUCUAUAUUUUCUUGCCUCCAGAAACUGGAUUAUCAACCCCAACCCCAAAUAUUGGCAGCCAAUAAGGUAGGACAUACCUAAGUUGGUCUUACAUGGACCUUCAUCUUUUUGCAGGGAAUUAGUCAGACCAAGCCUGCUGUAGAAAAUUAAGAGGUUUGGGGUGGUUUUCUAAAUAAAACUUUUAACAAGGUUUUGAUGGCUAUUCUCCCCUGCCUUUAUCCCCUUUUGGAAGUGGGCUUUGUGCAUUGCAGUGAGGGAGCUGCCUUAGCUCUUCAUGAUGAGACCCAAUCUUAGAGGCACAAUCCGCUAUGGAUUAUUGCCAUCUACUCUGACCUGUACGGCAGGUCUUUGGUGAUGUUUGUACUGCAGGCCCUGGGAUAGCUGACUUACAUCUUGGAACUUCUUUCUGACCAAAAGCAGUCUUCUGUUUUGUGUGUUCUGUGGACCAGUAGCCUCAAGACACCUGGGACUUUCUAGAGGUAAAAGUGCUCAGCUGUCCGUGCUUGGCCAGGAAGAGACCCCAGCCUUGGGUGAUUCCCAUGCUCUCCAGAGCCUGACUUAUGUUUUGUCUUUUGCAAUAGGAUCAGUGCAGGACCACAAAUAUGGAAAUACACAGCAGUCAACCAUUAUUUAAUACAUAAUGGCAUAGUGUUAUAACUACA